AUGAUGGCGUUAUGUAUCAAGGAUGAGUAUAAGCUACAAGAUGAAAUUAUUAAAUUAAGAAGAAGCUUAAUAAAUAUCUUUUGCUAUGAAUUAUUUUAUUCUCCUAAUAAAAAAUUAAAAAAUAAAUUAUUGGAUAUAAAAAGAAAAGAUCAAUAUUAUAAUAAAGGUAGUUUUUUAUUUAAUGGUGAAUAUAAUAAUGUAUAUAAUUAUGAUAAUAUUGAUGAUGAAUCUUAUUUAUGUAGUUAUAAAAAAUAUAGACACAAGAUAAAUAAAAUAUUCAAACGUUUUAUGUUGAAAAAGUAUACAUAUAAUAAAAUAAAAAAAAAAGAAAAUGACAAUAACAUAAAUACUUAUUGUGAGUUAAGAAAAAAUAUUUGUUUUAUAGAAAAGGAAAUUUUGAAUAGAUCAUUAUUUAAUAUUAAUAUUAAAUAUUCUAAUUAUGAUAUAGAAAAAAAAUAUAUGUAUUUAUAUUUUUUGUUCAUAAAAUUUAUGUCUGCAUUAAAGACAAAAAAAAAAAACAUAAUAAUAAUCAACAAUAAUAAUAAUAACAAUAAUAAUAAAAACAAUAAUAAGAAAAACAAUAAUAAUGUAAGUAGUAGACAUAACCCUCCAUGUUGUAAUCAUUCUUUCUUCUCCUGUUCUUAUAUAAAAAAAUUUGCAUUAUUUGUGAAUUACUUAUUAAAUCGGAAGAAGGGAAAUAUUUAUUUUGAAUUAUUGAAAGGACACAUUAAAAGUACUAUGAAUUUAAAGAUACAUAAAAAUAAAUACAAAAAUGUUAAUGAACAUAUAUAUCAGAAGAAAUAUAUAAAUUAUUAUCAUGAUAUUAUUUUAUAUAAAUAUAAACCUAUAAUAAAAUAUGAAAAAAAAAAAAUUCAUAAAAAUAAUAUAUAUAUAUAUUAUUAUAUUAAAUAUCCUGUUCAGAAAAAAAAUUGUUCAUAUAAUUUUUCCUUACACAGAUAUCAGAAAUAUUAUUACAUUAAAUAUAUAAAAAAUAAAAUACAUGAUGUUUUUUUAUAUUCUCAAAAAAAAAAAAAAAAUAUUUAUAUUCUUAGUGUUAACAUUAAUAAGUUAAAGUUAGUUGUGAAUAAAUUUAUAUAUAAUGAUUUUUAUUACAAUCUGAUAAAUUCUAUUUUUUAUAGUAUCAUAAAUAUACCCUUACAAUAUGUAUGUGAUACAUUUAUAUAUUAUUUAAUUUGUUAUGACACUGAUGUUGUAAAUGAUGACAAUUCAUUAUGGUCUCAUAAAGAAUAUAACAACAACAAUAAUAAUAAUAAUUAUAAUUAUAAUAAUAAUAAUAAUAAAAUUGAUGUGUGUUAUAUAAAAAGACAUAAUGACAACUUUUUACAUUUCUUAAAAUAUUUUUUUUUAUCAUCAGAUCAAUAUAAAAAAGAUAUAAAAAAUAAUCUAUCACAUUCACAACGGUCUUUUCUUUUUUAUUUUAUUAAUCAUAUAAAAUUAUUAUUAAAAAAUAAUAUAAAAAAUAUGUUAUAUUUAACUCUAAGUAAUGUGGACAAAAUUAUCUACAAUGACAUGUCCUUGGAAUAUAUUUUUUAUUUAUUUCUUUUUUAUUUUAUUUUUCUAGAUAUAAAAAUUUAUAGUACCAUAUUUAUUAAUUUGGACGAAGCAUAUCUAUCAUAUGAGGAAAUAAAAAUAUUUAAAUAUUUUAUCAAAGGAUGUACUGAUCAUAUAAAAAAAAAUCAUCAAAAUAAUAAAAAUCAUCAAAAUGAUCAGAAUAAUCAAAAUCAUCAAAAUCAUCAAAAUAAUCAAAAUAAUAAAAAUCAUCAAAAUCAUCAAAAUAAUAACCAAAAUAAUGAUAUAUUUAAUAGUUAUAAUAAAACAAAUGUGAAUAAACCCACAAAUACAUAUAAUAAUAAAAAAAGUAGAGAUUUUUUUCAUAUUUGUUUAUUAUGUUCAUAUAAUAUGCUGAAUGAAGAAAAAAUAUUUAUGAGAGAAAAAAUAAAAAUCUUUUGUUAUAUUAUAUAUUAUAUUUUAUAUAUAAAUCAUUUUAGUUGUGAUAAAAAUGAAUAUGAUAGUUUUUUACAUUAUUUUCUUUUUUAUAAUUUUAAAAAAAAAAAAUUGACCUGGUUUAAUAUAUAUCCUUUGUUUUCAAAUAGACAAAAAUGGUUACAUGAUGAAUAUAAUGAGAAUCUUUUUAUAAAUUAUGAUCAUACAUGUUGCCAUGUUACCAAAAAAAAAAUUCAAAGGUAUUAUAAAAAAUAUCUUAUUAAAUUAUUUAUUGAUAAGAAAUAUAAAUGCUACAAAUAUUUUAUUAAAUUAUUAAAUGAAGAAGAACAAAAUAUAACAUAUUUUAAAAAAGACAUAUUCAAAAAUAAACAUAGGAUUAAUCAAUAUAAUAAUAUUAGUUAUAAUAAAAAUAACAGCAAUGAGAAUAUAUAUAAUAAUUUUAUAAAUAAGAAUUCUUUUUUGAAGCAUCAAAAAGUUUAUGCUUAUAAUAAAGAAACAACAUAUAAUCAACAACAAUUUUAUAAUUAUAUUAUUCAUAUGUUUAGUUUAUUCUAUGAAAAUUUAAAAUUAUUCUUAUUAAGAUUAUUACAAAAUAUUUAUCAUAACACUUUGAUAUAUAUAAAUGUAUAUAUGUAUUUAUAUAUGAUACGUUCUUAUUAUCUUAUACAGAGACACCAAAAAAUAAAAGUCAAAAAUUUAAAAUAUAAAAUAUAUAAAAAGUAUAAAAAGUAUUAUAAAUAUAAUAAUAAGUUGUUAAUUAAUUAUUCAUCAGAGAGACAUCUAGCCAAUAUAAAAGAUAUCACAUGUAUCAAAAAAAAAAUAGGAAGAAAAGUAUCUAAUUUUUUAAAAUAUACUAUAAUCAAUUUAUUUAUAAAUUUAUAUAAUAACUAUCUAUUUAUCUUAAAUAAAAUUAAGGUUAAAAAAUGUACUAUAAUAUUUUUAACUAAAUAUAUGAAAUUACUUCUUUAUAUAGGACGUAAUAUAUUACAAAUAUAUACACACCCACAGAAUUAUAUACAAUUUGUAUGUAAGUUGGCUAAUUCUGUCAAUAUGUAUAUAUACAAAUAUAUGAGAUGUUAUAAUGAUAUAUCAUGUAUAUAUUCAAUGAAAAAUGAUAAAAUGAAAUAUAAAAUUAUGUCUACAUAUAUUCUAUAUAAAUUUUUUAGUAUAAACAAAACAGCUACCAAUAUGUCCAUACAUAAUAUAAAAAAAAAAAAAAAAAAAAAAUUGUGCAAAGAAAUCUGGUCAUAUUUUAUCAAAACUAAUGGAAAUCAUAACAUAUAUUUAGAAAAAUAUAUAAAGAAAAUAUUAUUAUAUAAAGGGGUCCAAAAAAAUAUCUUCCACAAUAUUUAUGUACAUAUAAAAGAGGAUCAUUUUUCUAUACAAACAAAACAUAAUUUUAUAAUUUUUAAACUUAAAUGUAAAGAAGAUGAUAACACAAAUACUUUACAAAAUAUUUAUUACCAAAUUAAUGGGAAAAAAUAUUUUGUUUUUGAUAAUUUAUAUAAAUUAAAAAAAACAUAUAAAAUAAAUUAUAUAAUAUUAUGUUUACUAUUUUAUAGAUAUUGUUAUUUCUUUUAUACAUACAAUUCUUUUAUUUUCUCAUACCUUUUUACAAAUUUUUUUUGCAUAUGUAUUGAUUGUCUUAAUAAAUAUAUUAUUAUAAAAAAUUGUCAAGGUAAAAAAAAGGAAACAUGUCAAGAUAAUAGUCAUGAUUGUUUUUAUAAACAAAAUGGUAUUUUAAAAAAAAACAGGAAUCAUAUCUUAAUAAAAAAUUUUUAUUAUUUGCUUUUCUUUUUAUUAAUACGUUAUCAUACAAUUAUUGGUAGUAUAUCUCAUUCGGGUUUACAAAAUUGUAUACCUAAAAGAAUCAUGAACGUUUUAAAAAAAUACAUGAAUGUAAAUGUAGAAUGUUUUUCGUCCCCUUUCAAUUCUGUUUUAGAAUGCUACUGUUCUUUUUUUAGUGACAUUGAUAUUUUUUUUGGUAGUAAAGGUGAUUUCUUUAAAUAUACUUUACAAAGUGGAGUAUAUGAAGUUAACCCUCCUUUCGAUAUUUUUCUAAUUAAUAAGUUGAUAAUAUAUAUUUUGUUCAACUUAAAAAUGGAUGUAAAUCAUCUAACCUUUUUUUUGAUUAUUCCUUAUAUGAAGGACAUAAAUUAUUACUAUGAGUUAUUAUUUUCUUCACCUUAUCUAUCGCAUUUUUUCUUAUUACAAAGGAAUACCUAUACAUUUUCAACAAGAUUAUUUGAAGGAAGGGAGAAUGAAUAUAUAUCAACGUGUGAUUGCUUUGUGUUUAUUUUACAAAAUAAAAAAGCACAAAUUGAAAACAGGGUUCAUAAGAAAAAGGUAUUAAAAAUAAAAAAGUUAUGGCAAAAUGUUGAUCAUAUUUAA